CCACAACUGACUACUGACCACUGACUACUGACCAGGACUACUGACAAGCAAAUCUAGGACCAUGAGUAUGAACUACAGGACAGUUCGAAUCGUUUUGUUGACUUUUGUUUCUCUACAGCAUCUAAAUCUAACAUUAGUAAAUAACUAGCCUGGCAGCGAACGCGAGGCAGGGCACGUGUUGGACACCAUAUCAACCUGGCCUCGCGCCACAAUGAGCCUCCCCACAUCUUAGAUACCCUUCCCCAUCGCCUGGUGCGCAUUUUAUUAUCCAAAACACGAAUCAUGUUUCCCUUGUCAUCUCAUGACGAGCCAUACCGCGCUUCUCUUAGAGACAAUCGCGGUGUUCCCACUCUCCUCUCCCCUUGGGAGUACCUUGACGACUAUGGAAUUAUUCAUCCUUCAGGAUGCGACGUCUGCUCCUCGUACAUGAAGCAUGUCGCUGAUGCAAGUUAUUCCUCUCAUCAGCCAGCUUUCCAAAUCGCCUUCCAAGACAGGAAGCGCUUGCGCGAAGACGUCUUUAACAAGGGCAUAUCAGAAGGCACCCGCCGUCAAAAAGAGGAAAAUAGGGUCCUCGUCGAUGACAUUGAUCGUUAUCGCUGUGAGCGUAACCAAGCUCGUGAAGAGUUGUGCACUCUUCGUGCUCAGCUAGACGCUACACGUGCAGAAUCAGAGCGUCUACAGGACAAGCUCAGACAACAGGCCGCCCCUCCAGUCGAUGUCUCUAGUCCUAUCGAAUCCGUCUCCUAUCAUUCUUCUGUAAAGUCUCUCCAGCUAGACCCUCCUGCAGAUCCACCAUCUGAACUUCGCCCCGUCGAUCCUCCCGUCGAUCACCAGCUCUCUCUCGACUUUUUAACUCCCCUAUAUCCUCAACAGUUGUCUCCUCCCAUGGCAACCCCUGCUUCCCCUCAAGCACAGUUGCCCGACUGCGUUGCAGCUCGCUCAUUUGCUGCCGUAUUGGCAACAGGUCAGCCAGAUGACGACUCAGCUUUUCAAGCUACGUCAUCAGACGAUGCCCCUCCAACGCUCGGUUGGACAGUCGUAGCUUCACCCACUCAUAAACCGACCAAGCCUGCCAAGAGCAUCAAACAAGUCCAAUCCCUCAUUAAAGCCGCACACCAGCCGGGUAACUACAGCGCUCUCACAAAAGUCAAAGCCCUCUGCUCAGAAGCGCACAAAACACCUAGAGACCAAAAGACCGAAGUCCAACGCUACUUGUUAUCCAACUGGCGGACUCCUGAUUGGGAGCACCCUUCAUCACUUCCAAAGCUACCUGCCCCCUUAAACAACCCCCGCCUCGAGGACCCUGUCGAGUCUUGGGUAUCAUACUACACCGCCAAUCCCAGUUCCUGCCCUAAGGGCAUCCGUCGCGAACCCGACGGCCGUCCCGUCCUAUCCGACAUGAAAGCCAGCCGAACCGUAGCUCGCCUCCGCCCCCUAGUCAACCCGAGCGAUCCCGAAUCUCGCGAAGCUCGUCAAAAGUACAUGACAGUCGUCACAGAGCUCUUCUCCGAGCGCGGCGAAUACUCCAGCAUCCUCCGGAGAGGUGCAUUCAGCGUCUCUCCCAACCUCUGCUAUGUGCCGUUUGUGGGCGUGGCGGAUGAUAUCGACAGGUUGUCUAUUGCGCGUCAUUUUGCGGCUUGUGGGGUGACUAUUCCUGUCGCUGAGGAUGAGCUUGGACCGUGGGCGAUGGAGUAUCUUCGCGAUUAGCGAGGAAGGCGGUCAUACUUUACACGUACCAGGUAUCUGCAUACAUUUAUCCCAUCCUCGAGAUCGUACGAUUCACACUUAAUCGCGGACGUAUAUAGUAUCAUAUUCAGAUCGCGAGGGUCUUCCGAGUCGUACAUAGUGUAUUUUCGCUUAGUAGUCGCAACCCUUUGUUGUGAACCUCUUGUAGACUUGUACAGCGCUUUAUCUAAUCUACGUGACUCUUGUUUUGAUUGAUCCUUCCUCACUCCAAUAGUCUUGGGGUUCAAGCUUU